ACUUUUGACAGGAAAUAGUGUUUAUUAUAAUGUUUUUACAAACUGUGUGUAUUAAUUGAAAGGAAAUUUAAAAGACAAACAAAAAUGUCUCUAAAUCCUGUGUACCAAAAACAACCAUUUAAUCGACCAUGGAUGACGGAUAAUUCUGCUGCUGCAGCCGCAGGGGGAAAAGGACUUAAGGGUAUCAUCGCAGGUGGUAUAACUGGUGGUAUCGAAAUAUGCAUAACCUACCCGACGGAAUUCGUAAAAACUCAACUCCAAUUGGACGAAAAAGGCGUCAACAAAAAAUUUAACGGCAUCCUGGAUUGCGCAGCAAAAACAGUGAAAAAUCAUGGCGUGCUGGGAUUAUACAGAGGGCUUAGUGUGUUGAUAUAUGGUUCAAUACCCAAAAGUGCCGUCAGAUUUGGCGCUUUUGAAUUUUUCAAAGGAAAAAUGCAAUUGGCUGACGGUUCCUUAAGUCCCAGUGGUAGACUACUCUGCGGUCUAGGGGCAGGUGUUUCCGAAGCUAUAUUCGCAGUAACGCCCAUGGAAACUGUUAAAGUUAAAUUCAUCAACGACCAAAGAUCUGCUAACCCAAGGUUCAAAGGGUUCUUACAUGGCGUAGGCAUCAUAGUUAAAGAACAAGGUAUUGGUGGGGUUUACAAAGGCCUAACUGCAACUAUUAUAAAACAAGGAUCCAAUCAAGCCAUUAGAUUUUUUGUGAUGGAAAGUUUAAAGGAAGCUUACAUGGAUGGUGAUAGGACUAAAAAAAUUCCCAAACCUUUAAUUGGUCUUUUUGGUGCUUUAGCCGGAGCCGCUUCAGUGUUCGGUAACACACCAGUAGAUGUCGUUAAAACUCGAAUGCAAGGUUUGGAGGCCCACAAAUACAAAAACACCUUCGAUUGUUUCCUUCAAAUUUGGAAAAACGAAGGACCCAUGGCCUUUUAUAAAGGCACGGUGCCUAGAUUGAGUCGAGUGUGUCUCGACGUUGCUAUUACUUUUAUGAUCUAUGACAGUUUCAUGGAUUUAUUCCAAAAAGUAUGGCCUUAAACGUUGAAAAGAACUGAUUUUGAAAAAUGUAUUUUCUUACAAUUUUUCAUUUAUGACUAAACGGUCCCAAGCACGCACCUUGGGGCACAACUAUUUUAGUCAAAUGUUAAAAAUAUUUUUUAUAAUGUAUAGGUAAUACUGCCAUUUUAUUAUGACAUUCCUUUUAAUAUUUUUUUAAUACUUACUACAUGACAGUCAAAAAUUUUAUUUAUGUUUUUAUUAUUAUUUUUGUUGUUACUUGUUAUAUUUACUUGUGGAGAUGUUUAAAAAUUGUUGUUUUUUGGCUUGUUGAAAUUCAUGUUAUUUAGGC